CGCGAGUGUUAGGAGCGAGACUGGGCGACGGCGGUGAGCGCUGAGGGUGGCCGAGUUGUUUGUCUGGAGCGUCCAAGAUGACGGGCUCGAACGAGUUCAAGCUGAACCAGCCCCCCGAGGACGGCAUCUCGUCGGUCAAGUUCAGCCCCAACACCUCGCAGUUCCUGCUCGUGUCGUCGUGGGACACGUCGGUGCGCCUCUACGACGUCCCGGCCAACUCGCUGCGCCUCAAGUACCAGCACGCGGGCGCCGUCCUGGACUGCGCCUUCUACGAUCCAACACAUGCGUGGAGUGGGGGAUUAGAUCAUCAAUUGAAAAUGCAUGAUUUGAACACUGAUCAAGAGAAUCUUGUUGGCACUCACGAUGCCCCUAUCAGAUGUGUUGAAUACUGCCCCGAGGUCAACGUGAUGGUAACUGGGAGUUGGGAUCAGACCGUUAAGUUGUGGGAUCCCAGAACUCCUUGUAAUGCCGGCACCUUCUCUCAGCCUGAAAAGGUGUACACCCUCUCAGUGUCGGGGGACCGGCUCAUCGUGGGCACUGCAGGCCGCCGAGUGCUGGUGUGGGACUUGCGGAACAUGGGCUAUGUGCAGCAGCGUCGGGAAUCCAGCCUCAAGUACCAGACCCGCUGCAUCCGGGCCUUCCCAAACAAACAGGGCUAUGUGUUAAGCUCCAUUGAAGGCCGAGUGGCAGUUGAGUACUUGGACCCUAGCCCUGAGGUGCAGAAGAAGAAGUAUGCCUUCAAGUGUCACCGACUUAAAGAAAACAAUAUCGAGCAGAUUUACCCAGUCAAUGCCAUUUCCUUUCACAACAUCCACAAUACAUUUGCUACAGGUGGUUCUGAUGGCUUCGUGAAUAUCUGGGAUCCCUUUAACAAAAAGCGGCUGUGUCAGUUCCAUCGGUAUCCCACCAGCAUCGCCUCACUGGCCUUCAGCAACGAUGGAACGACUCUUGCAAUAGCAUCAUCAUACAUGUAUGAGAUGGAUGACACGGAGCAUCCCGAAGAUGGGAUCUUCAUUCGCCAAGUGACAGAUGCCGAGACAAAGCCCAAGUCCACCUAAUCACCUCGUGUUUCUCUGUGGAAAGCUUUGUGUGGUUCCUACCAAUGCUUGUACCUCCCUGGGGCGCUGUCUGCAUGGGGCCGUGUUGUUCAGUGCGUGUAUUUCUGUUGUCUUGUCUCCUAACAACUUGUUUGCUCCCCUCCCUCUGCUGCUGUGGGCCGUGGUGCCUUUGUCCUCAGUAGUGGUAGAGCCGAACCUGGCUUGCCCUUGCCAGCCCAGUUGCUGUUGAGGGGCGGCUUGAGCGUGGGUUAAAAAGUGACCUGUCACACACCUGCCCGUAUCACUGCUGUGCUGCCCAAUAAAGCCAAAAUUCCCAA